GGGCGUUGCCUGCGGUUCCGUGAAUCCGGAAGAGUACGCCGCAUUGAAAGUGCGCGAAAAUAAGUGUUUUUCUUUGUCGCUAUGUACUUUAAAUACUUGUUUCUGUAAUUUGUAAAUGUAUGGAUCAGCUGGGGGACUUGGAAAAGUGGUAUUAUUAAGAGGAUUUGAGACGCACGUGAGAGCCGGUGACAAUAGUGCGCGCCAUAAAUCAUCAACACGUGCCUUUGAGAAUCACAGCAGCGAUGAUGUCAGAGAAGCCGCCGUUGCCUGCGGAUGGCCAGCGGGACGAAGCUGAACCGGGUUUAGGGCUCGAGCAGGAGGUCACAAUGGAAACGGCCCGGGACGGCUGGGACAGCAAGGUGGAGUAUUUCCUCGCUCAGGUGGGAUUCAGUGUGGGAUUGGGAAACGUUUGGAGGUUCCCGUACCUCUGCCACCAGAACGGAGGAGGAGCGUUCAUCUUGCUGUAUGUGCUGUUGAUGGUGCUGGUCGGUGUGCCGUUGUUUUUUCUGGAGCUGGCGGCGGGUCAGAGCAUCAGACAGGGCAGCAUCGGCGUCUGGAGGCACAUUUCUCCAAAACUAGUUGGCAUUGGCUACUCCAGCUGUGUGGUGUGUUUCUUUGUAGCUCUGUAUUAUAACGUCAUAAUCGGUUGGAGUAUUUUUUACUUGGGAAGUUCUUUCAAGUAUCGUCUACCUUGGGAGACCUGUCCAACAGAAGGGAACGGCACCGUGAAGGAAUGUGCCGCCAGCUCUCCCACAGAAUAUUUCUGGUACCGUAAAGCUCUGGAUAUCACCGAUUCCAUUGACGAAACCGGAGAGUUCAACCCCAUCAUCACUGGAUGUCUGCUGGCCGCUUGGGUCAUCGUCUGUCUGGCCAUGUAUAAGGGCAUCAAAUCGACCGGAAAGGUGAUGUAUUUCUCCUCCGUGUUUCCGUACGUGGUGCUGCUGUGUUUCCUGAUCAGAGGCGUGACACUGGAUGGGGCGUCCGAGGGCAUUAAAUUCAUGUUUUACCCCAGGCUGGAGAUCUGGGCUGACGUUCAGGUGUGGCGUCAGGCGGCGACUCAGGUGUUCUUCGCUCUGGGUUUGGGUUUCGGUUCUGUGAUCGCGUACUCUUCCUACAACCCGCGGAACAACAACUGCCAUCGAGACGCGUUCACCGUGUCUGGAGUCAAUUUAAUGACGUCCGUUCUGGCCACGCUAGUGGUGUUUGCCGUGCUGGGCUUCAGAGCCAAAACCAUCGCCACAGAGUGUGUUAAACGUAACAUGAAGGCCGCGUUUGAAGCGUUGUCCAGCACUCCUUUCCCUGACCUCCUCAUCAAUGCGUCAGAUGUGGAGAACAUGACAUUGAACGAGUAUGAGCACUGGUACAGGACUCGGGGCCAGCAGCUGAAUAUCUCUGGUUACAACAUCACCGCCUGCAGCCUGGAGGAGGAGCUGAAACAAGGUGUGGAGGGAACCGGUCUAGCGUUCAUAGCGUUCACUGAAGCCAUGACGUUGUUUCCUGGGAGUCCGUUCUGGUCGGCGCUGUUCUUUCUCAUGCUGCUCAAUCUGGGUUUGUCCACCAUGUUCGGCACUAUGGCAGGAAUACUGACCCCGCUGACGGACACCUUUAAGACCCUGCGUAACCACAAAUUCCUCUUUACAGCGUGCAGCUGUGCGGUGGGCUUUCUGAUCGGUCUCAUGUUCACUCAGCGCUGUGGAAACUAUUUUGUGGCUAUGUUUGAUGACUAUUCUGCCACACUUCCCCUCAUCAUCGUCGUCAUCUUCCAGACCUUCAGCGUGGCCUGGGUUUAUGGAGCGGACAGGUUUUUGGAGGACCUGAAGCUGAUGUUGGAUCGGCCGGUUCCUGUGGUGUACAAGUACAUGUGGAAGUACGUGUGUCCGGUUGCUAUGCUGGGGCUCUUGGGUGCCAGUCUGCUAAAGAUGAUCUUGGAGCGUCCCACAUACAUCGCCUGGAACAGAGAAAAGGCGUCUAAGGAAGAUCUACCUUAUCCAGGCUGGGCUCUUGCUGUCCUGAGCAUGCUCAUCGUUGUCGCAUUUCUUCCUGUUCCUAUUGGAUUCAUACAUUCCCUCCUCCUGGAACGGCUCGGCCAGUCUCCGGCAGACGCUGAGGCCGGAUACAUGCCGUGUGCCACCACAGACACAGACCAGACCCCUCUCGACACGUUACCACCCUCAGCAGGCGACCCCAGUUCAUUUUCCCCUUUGCUUGAGGAAAACCAAGACACUCAUUUGCAGAACGGCCACAUUGAACACUUCCAAUCAAGUGCGGUAUGAGAAGAAACUACGGCACAACCUUCGUUAGAGUUUACAAACAUCUCAGAAGGAUCUAUUUAAAUCAAGACCAUUUUAUGAGCGUGCUUUGCUGUUGGGAACAAUCAUUUUUUAUCUGUGCAUACGGGCACUAAAAUAACUGUUUUUAAAGUCUUAGUUCAUCCCAAAAAAGAAAAUUGUCACCAGCGUCACUCUAAACAUCACGAAGAGCCUUCUGGAGUUAUUUAGCCGCUUGUGCAGGCUGCUCUUUUCCAUAUAUAACAGUAGUUUCACAUUAUAUUCCAAGCCUUUGUGAAAAUCUUGGCUUCUCAAACUCCCCGUUUAAACCCGUUACAUGUGAAAACAGCUGUGAUAUGCGGCUGUAAUAACAGCUUUGAUGACCAUUUCCUUUUUCGAGUGAACUGUGGCUUUAAGUACAGUGUAAUAAUGUACCUGCGUUUGGUGGGUCCAGGUGAGCGUUGAACAACAAUGCAACACUACAGUUACCUGUUACAACGGUCUAAUCAUUUGGUAACUGACGGUUCUGCUGCUUUAGUGAUCUGACGAGGUUUUUAUAUCAUGUUUUGCAUAAAGGUGUUGAUAAUGGCUUUGACCUGUCGGUGUUAUUUGAACUCCAGGAUGCUAAAGAAGCAGCCAGUGCUUCGUCUCCGUUGAUGUCAUUAACCCUUUGAUGCAUGAAUCAAGUCACAUAGGUAAAGAAAAGAAAAUCAUUCCAAAUCAUUUUUUCUCCCAAAAUGGUAAUUUAGUUUGCUUGGUGCAUCAAUACUUUGUUGUCAUAAAUAAAAACACAUUGACAUAUCAAGAGGACAGCUGGUUUGACUUGUGUAAGGGUCAAACUGUAUAAUGGCUACUAUAGCAUCAAAGGGUUAAUGUUGGUCCAUUCUGAUGUGUUCAGUGUAAUUAUUUAAGUAAAUACAAAAAGAUACAUUGUGUGUUCAAAAGACGUUUUGAACCAUUAAAUCAUCACCCAUAACUGAUUAAUGGAAAGCUCUAUGUGUAUUUUCCGAACAGACAUGUCUGGGUCGUAUUUCAUCUUAAUAGUCUUCAACGCAGAUUUAAUUGUUUAUGCCAAAUAUGACAUGGACAUUUCUUUAUUUAUUUUUCGUAACAUUCUAUGCUCUUAUUUUUUGAGCACCGACUACAACCAUCAUUUAAUAAAAAAUAAUGCUUCCAGUCGUAGUUUGUAUGUGACACACAUGGGAUUUCUUAUGAAGUAUUUCAAGGCAGCAUUUUCAGAACAAUUUUACAGUUGUUACUAUUAAUUUUAUAUUGUACAGAAUUAUUUUUGUGGCUAUUUGUAAAAUAUCCUCCCUUUUUAUUUUUCCAAACGACGUCUCGGAUAUGUUUUUACAAGCGAAUGUGUGACCCGCAGGCCAGACAUUUUAUGGCUUAUAGUCAUUGUGAAGUCCUGUUAUCUUUGCCUCUCACAGGGGUUUGAUGGGUCUUCUGUGUUUGUUCAGUAGCUUGAACUCGAAGUAGUUCUGGUCAGUAAUAUAUAUAUGAUGAAAUGAUGUAAUUUAACUCUAUUCCUCAUGUAGAAUCCUUGCGAUAUCUCUGAUCUUGAAGGCUCAUUUGAUUGUCUUUGUUGUAUAUGUUCCACGCUACAGUAUGUUUUCAGUAUUUCCUCGAUUCUGAGGUCUUCAGUGUGUGUGAAUGUUGUUUGAUGGUCAUGCUGUGCAGCCGUACACACAUUUUGUACAGUUUGCCUCGUGAUGAUCUUGUUUCUGUAUAAAUGGUUGUGUGACCCC